UGAAUACUCAGCGACAGGCAACUGAUUCAGGAGUCGAAGCGACAGGCAACCGAUUCAGGAAUCUCGAACAUUAACAAUCAUGCCUUCCGCGACGAUUUCGCGCCGAGUACUGGGCUAUCUGCUCUUGGCUGUAUUAUCUCAAUAUGGUGACGCGGGGAAAACCAACUACUUGGAGUCCAUUUUAGCGUCUCUGCAACGCCUCGAGUCUAUACUUGACAAGCAAGAGCAAAAUACGAUGAGCUGCCUUGUGCCGGCCCAGAAAUUAUUCCAGCUGUUGUCAGAAUACCAGACAUCUGGUAACGAGAGUAACGAGGCAAAAGCCAAUGGACAAGAUUCCGUAGCUCUUCGAAGGGGAUCGGAAAAUGAGAAUGCUAACCAACAACUCUCAGAGCUAAAAAAGCCGAGGCAUCGAAGGAAAAACAGGCGCAAUGAGAACGCGAAUACUAAUGUCAACGAAAACAUAAAUGCGAACGUUAAUGCCAAUCGCUAUCACAGACGUGCCUUAAGCGAUGCUGAUCCGUAUUCAUCCAGCAAUAACAAUAUGAAUAGUAAUAUGAAUAGCAACGUUAACUUGAAUAGCAAUUUAAACAAAAACAGAGCAGAUCUAUUUGACUUUAGUGACGAAGAUGAUGAAAUUUAAACGCAGGCAAGCUUCCGCUUUCCAAAACAAGAUUGAAAAGCGUAUACUACUGUAUAUAUAAAAAUUGUUGCGUUUGGUUAAAAUUUCUCCAAAACUAUUUAUUGCAAUAAUAAAAUAAUAGAACCAAACUGUUCGUAGAAUAUUCAAUUUUCAGAUUAAAUAAACUAAACUUGCAUUACAAUUAUUUUAUAUAUUACGGAAAAUAAUUGAUUUGCCAGCAGAGCUUCAUUAGCAAAUUGUAAAUGCCAACGAUUAUAUAUAUAUAUAUACGAGCAAUUUAACAGGAAUAAUAGAAUGAUAUUUCUGUGUAAACUAGCUGUGUAAAGGGAAAGUAUGUAUUCGAAAAUUGAUUCAAUACAUUUAAUUUUAGAAUUCAGUUACAAAUAUCUUAUUUUUCAUCUUUGCUUUUACCAGGCAGUAUAAUUUUCUACCUAGAGGUAAAAGAAUGUACAAAAUUCAAAUGCAAUAAAAAACCCAAAAUAAAAUAA